GGUCAAAGGUAAUUUCGACGUAUGCGUGUUGCUUUGGCGCCAGCUAUUUCGCGGGAUAAUAGGACAACACGGCGCUGUAUAUUUUAAAUGUAAGCGGAGGAGGCUGUUUGUCCGUGAAUUUAACGAGCUGACACUUAAAGCAAUUCCGACGCCUAAACCUCGAAGUGGCCGGACGCUUCUCCUUGCUGAUUUUUGGGGUGCGUCAUUUUUGCGGCUAACGUAGCGUCUGGAGCCCGAGCGCUGGAUAUAGUGAAGACAUCAUCUCCUUGAAAUCUGAGCCGUGCAACGGCAAGUAACAAUGAUGGCGUCGGCGGAGCCUCCAAGCAGCUUCAGCAUUGUCCCUUUGCUGGAAUCUCUGGAGGACAGCACCGCUGGAUGCCCCGAGCAGACUGACGCCUACCUCACCAUUGCCAAUCGGCUCAGUGGAGAUGAAGGCCGUCAGUUUCUUCCUGGCGUCACAAAGCACUUUUCUCGCUUGGGUAACGCCAUCUUGAGUCAUGUUAGCAGUCCGCAUGCUGAGCUGAGCCAAGCUGCCCUACAAGCUUUGGGAUUUUGUGUCUACCAUUCGCAUGUCGUCAGUGGAGUGUCUGAAACCUUCACCUCAGAAAUCCUAUCCGCACUUUGCUCCGUGGUGGCCAAGUCGGCGGAGAAAAACACUUGCACCAGAGCGUUAUGGGUUAUCUCCAAACAGAACUUCCCUGCCGAUAUGGUUGGCAAAAAGGUGGCCUCCAUACUCAGCACCCUGGAGAGUGUUUGGAGAAAAGGCGAAGUGCAGUCAGUCGUCAUGGAACAUGAGGCUUUGAAUGUAGUCAUCAGGUUGCUGGAGCAGGUUCCAGCUCAGAUGGGCGAAUUGGCAGUGUGCUGGGCCAAGCUCAUCAUCCCCCUGGUGGUGCACUCAGCCUCCAAGGUGCGCCUGCGGGCGGCAGCUGCCAUGGAGAUGGGCCUGCCUUUGCUGCUGCAAAAACAGACGGAAGUAGCUGCCAUCGUCGAGCCCUUGAUGUCCACAAAACUAAUUCCAGAGCUACAGAAGCUUUUCAUGACCAAAAAUGAAAUGAAUGUCCUCAAGCUCUGGCCAUUAUUUGUCAAACUUCUAGGGAAGCUGCUCCAUCGAGGAGGUCCCUUUAUCAACUCAUUGCUUCAUCUGGAGGAGCUGGGCUUUCGCAGCUCCUCUCCCACCGUCAAGAAAAUCGCCUUCAUCGCCUGGAAGAGUUUGAUCGAUAACUUUGCUCUUAAUCCAGACAUCCUUUGCAGUGCAAAGCGCAUGAAGCUUCUCAUGCAGCCCCUCAUGUCGAUCAAUAUUCGUACUGAAGCUCUGAUGCUUACCAAGGUGGAGGUUUGGUGGUACCUUGUGGUCCAACUUGGCCCCAACUUGUCGUCCCACUUUGAUUUGGUGUCACUCCCAUUGCUACAGUGCACCAUUAGCUCUGAAGGCCACUUGGCACCAGCCACCCCUGCCAAAGGUCAAAAUGGCAUCGCAACGCCCAACACGCUCAAAUCUGCAGGCCCACAGGCCUUCAACAGCCUGACGCCCAAUGCAUCACGAUUAAACUUGAACUCCAGCAUGCAGCUCGCCUCCUCCUUCCCCUCCAUCAAGUUGCUGGGCCUGGAAAUGCUGCUCCACUACUUCCUGGGUCCUGAGGUAGUUGCCACGGCGACCGAGAAUAAGCUGGUCCUUACCCUCGAGCCUUUGAGACAUCCGCUCUUGAGUGCUACGUCCUCUUUUAGCAAGCAUGCUGCUGUGCUCAUCUCCAAUAUCAAAGAUGGCUUCAAACACAUCGGCAAGGAUGCUCCAGAUGCUCUUUUGGCACUUUUAUGGGAUCAUCUUGUACAUUACGUCACGCUGACCAUCGAGUCUGGAAUUAAGAAAGACCGAAACGGCAGUGAGGUUCUGACCCUCACGCUUCAAGCUCUGCAGAACAUUGUUUGCUCAGAAGCGCUUCCUGCAGACAAAUUGCUGGUUCUCUUCGAGAGCACCGUCAAAGGCAUGCCUUCGCGCGUCCUAGGCUCUGCCUCCUACCAAGUGGGCAAGAUGGAUGUGCUGAAUGGAACACCAGCACUCUUCCUCAUUCUUCUCCUCUUGGACAGCAAAAUGUUGGCGUCCUACAUCGAAGACGCCAGGUUUUAUCAUUGCUUCCAGACACUGGUGGGAUGCAGCCUGUCGGGCCCCACCUCCCCACUAGCAUUCGCAGAGGCAGUGUUAGGUGCCAUUGCCCGCAAUACCUCCUCCUUGCAGAGCAAGGAGCACCUAUUGAGGAUGUGGAGCGUUGUGGUCGCUCCGCUCACAGACACAAUCACACAGUCUAACGAAGUCAACCAAGGAGACGCUUUGGAGCACAACUUCAGUGCCAUGCACUCAGCCCUGAUGUUCCCCGUCACUUACCUGCUGAGUGGCUCGCCUGAGCAACAGGUGGCCCUUAAGUCCAUGCUGUCUUCUUGGUCCAAACUGUACAAGGUGUUCGCACGCUGUUCGGCUCUGGUGGUUACCGCAGAAGAAAACAUCUGCUGUGAGGAACUCUGUGUCAAAAUGGCCGCCAAGCUGGAUCGAGAUGCCCUCACAGUUCCAUCCACGCUGACAGCUUUUGCAUGCAUGCUUCAAGUCAUAGUGGAAUGUGUGGACUUCUCUCCCUACACGCCACAGUUCCAGCAAAAACUCAAGUCUCCUCACACUCCAGUAAACUGGACCAGGAAGCGAAGCAAGGCUCUUGGCAAUCUCUUCACCUUUCAUUCACUGCUUGUUCAGUGUCUGGAUGUUUACCUAGCAGGGGAGGAUGUGCCAUCAGAAACCACGGGCAUGGCGCUGCUCUCUGUCUUGUCAACCCUCUUCACCAACCUUGUCACAGCUAACGCUGUCAAGGAGGCUUUGAGCGUCCUCAUUCCGCCUCUCGUUGUUCUCUACAAGCAAGCAACCUGCGAGCCACCCAGAUUUACAACGCAGAUUCUUGGCAAAAUGGAGAAGCUUCUGAGUGAGGUCUUGGUCUGCAUUCAGAGCCGCUCCAACUUAGCCAAUGACGAUGACCUCCUGGCUCUGCUUUCACCCUUGCUCUGUGUGCUGUUCCUACACAAGAACAAGCAGCACCGCACAGCUGUCACCCACUUCUGGAAUUCCACUUUCGCUAACGCAGUAGGCCUGAUCUACCCGGAUGAGCUCAGACCAGUUCUUAGUCAAGUGAAGCAAAAGAUUCCCAUCAUUCUUCCUGGCUUUGAGACUGUCAGUGUGGCUGAAGAGCUCAGUGGACAGUUUUCCAGCGAGAGCUCCCAGUUAGAAACCAAACUUAGCGGUGUGCCAGUUGUCUCCACUGGGAAGAGGGACUCUUGGCUGGUAGAGACGGCUAAGUUAAGUGACCAAAGCUCGCCGAGGACCUCCAAACCAGUUUCUACAAAACUGGACUUUGGCUCUCCCAAGGCUCUUUGUAGGAAAGUCCUGGACGAGGAGGCCUCUGUUGACUUUGUCUUCAUUCCACCUGAACCAAAGGAGAGAGUUUUAACAGAACACCAGAAAGAAGUUAAAAGGACUAAAAGGGGUGACAUACCUGCCAUGUACAACAACCUUGAUGCCUCUUUGGAUGCUACAGCAUUCACGCAGUACACGCAGAGCCAAGAAGACUCUUUGAGUCAUUUAACAUCUGAAGACGCCAACAAAGUUGCCAAGGAGGCUUCAGCUGAGCCGUCUCAGGAGACAAACAGAGAUCCUGACGCUCAUCUAAAGGAGACUCGAGACUUUGCCACCCUGAAAGCCUUGGAAAGUGAGUCAGCGAAGGAGGAACAAGAAAUCAUACCAGAGUCAAUGGAUAUUUCCAUGGAGGAAGAUGUCAGAGAAGAUGAAGAUGAAAAACCCAUCAGUCCUAAUAUGUCAAGCUCUUCAGAUUUAAUUUCUGGAACACCCCAGUCCAGUAGUGGCAGUCGUCGUCAAUCUUUCAUUACCUUGGAAAAAUAUAAUGAAGGAAAGCCUGCGAGCCCCAGUUCUGCAUCCUUCUUCACAGGUACCCUUGUGAAAACCUCUGGUAGCUUGGACUCAAACACUCCCUCCCCGAAGGCCUCCCAGAAACCCACUGAACAAAAUUCUCAGCCAUCCUCAGAAGCACUAUCAAAGUAUCCAGCGAGUGGCCCUCAAGAGUCACCGCAAAGGCCCAUAAUAGACACUGAGAGAAAAUUUGAGCCUAUAAGACUCUCUGAAAGGCUUACUAGUAACGAAUCAGAAGUUGAUGAUGUCAUCCCUGACACUCAGACUGAAAAUGUCCUCUUGGAGAAUACAGUGUCUUCUGCAUCAGAUGACAUGAGAAGUUCAAAUCUAGAGGAGGAUUCUCAAGACACUGGGAAUGAUUCACAGUUUUCUGAGUCGUUCACCUCUCCGGCUGAGCCGAGACACCGCAAGCACAGUAAACAUCUACUCCCAGGAGAAAGUCCAGUUGACUCGAGCACACCACAGAACAGACCCAAUACGCGAAGCAAGGUGGCCAGCGAAGAAGAAAGUCGUAAAAUACAGCUGAGGUCUCAGCGUAACAGCAGUGUCACAAGUCAGACUAAGUCUCGAGGUCAACGACACAAGGUCAGGCUGUACAGCAAUACAGGGAAUCUCCUCACUGAAGGUGAAAACAAAAAGAGAAGAUCUAGAUCGCAAGAAUCAAGUCAAACGGACCUGCCCGUAUCUGAGACCGUGUCCAGUCAAUGUGACCCGCAAUCAGUCACACCUUCUAAUUUAGAUAGACGGCGACGGCGAAAGCGAGGUAGAUCUAGCAAAUGCGUAUUGAAGCCUAAAGAGGAAGUUCAGAGAGGGACAGAACAGCUUGAGAAACUGUCAAGUCAAACAGACAUAUCUCCAGACAGUUUGGUUGAUUCCGAAGGCAACUCACAGGAAGAUUGCAGCCAGCCUUUCAAUGGUUUGCAGGAUCCCAAAGGAGGUGAUCUUAAGCCUGCCUCAAGGUCUGCAAAAAUGUCCAUUCAAUCAGACACCCUGGCUGAUUCUGAAAACCACUCACAGCAAAAUUGUGACCGACUUUCCGGUUCUCUAUUGGAGUCUAAAGAAGACAGUCAGAUAUCGGAGAAAAGUUCCAGUCAAACCGACUUGAAAGCACACGGUCACGUCAAUCAAGAAUCAGAGGUGCAACAUGACCUGCCUACCAAGCCAUUAUUGGAGUCUAAGGAGGAUGAUCCUAUGAAUCCGGAGAUGAAGUCUGGGAACGUAUCCAGUCAGAUUGACUUGGAGUCAGUCCCUGAGUAUGAUACUGAAAGGCAGACACGGGGAAAAAUUAAGAGAACUUCCAAAUCCUUAUCAGAAUCUGAUGAGUUAAACCUGCAACUAAUGUCCACUCAACCAGAUUCACAAUCAGACAUUGGGUCUGAUACUGGAAGCCAGACACCGCGAAAACGUGGCAGACCUUCAAAAAUAUCAAGGCGGAAGUCAAAAGUUUUGUCCGUUGACCAAACGAAAACAGAUGAACAUAAGUCAGGUUCUCAAAUAGCUGGAACUGAUGGCCCAUCGCAAGAAAUUGAACCAGUAGAACUGGGGAUCAAACUGGAAAAAGAUUCUCAUAAAAUUGCUUCUUUUACUAAUGACAAAAUCCAAGAAGAAAUAAGUGCGGCACCAUGCAUUCUUAGCAAUCGGGAUGAAGUCGCCAAAGAUGAGCCUGAAGCUGAACUUAGUCAAGAUUCACAAGAGAUUACGCCAGCAUCCAUUGAUCUUCCACAAAGUAAGGCAUCUCCAGAGGUAGCAGAGGAUAAGAGUAUACCAAAGGCCUUAUCCAGAAAGCAGAGUAAGUCUCCUUCUCAAGAAAAUAGUCCAGCGGAAAAUAAAGGUCGGGCAAGAAGGAGAAAGGUAACCGAGAAUCGGUCAGAGUCUAGUGCCAUUUCCACGCCAGAAAGCUCCCAGUCUUUAGAUGUUACAGAAUCCCUAGAGACUCCUCAAGGCAGGGGAUCAAGACGAAGAUCUUCCAGAGUGUUUGCAGACAGCACAGAGUCAUUAGAAUCUGAACUGUCAGAGGCCAAAGAAAGAUAUUCUGUGAAGGGACGGAAAUCCCAAGGGACAUCACCAAGUCUCGCCACUGGCACAGCUGACAUGGACCUUCUUGUCACCAAGAAGAACUCUGGGGAUCCAGAAUUGUUAAAAGCACAAGAGAAUUCCCCCAAAACCCAAGAUCCAACAGUUUCUGAACCACCAGAGAUGCCCAAAAGGAAGAGCAGGGCACGAAUCUCUCGAACUCAAGUAAAGUCUGCUUCUCCACCAGAGAGUGACACUGGAGACUUGGAAUCAUCUAAAAUGUUGGAACCGGAAGAGACUGCCGCUGAGGAGAGUCAGGAGAACUUGUCUUUGGAGGUAUUUGCUGCGGACACACAGACUCACCCUGACGAGGCAAAAGACAAGCUACAGGUCUCGGAGUUCUCAUCUGAGGAGACCACAGCUAUGGUAGUUGAACCUACAAAGCUGUGUAAUUCGGUUAACGAAAAAGACUCAGUUGAUCCAGAGGAAAAAACUCAGAGUUGCGCACUUGGACAAAAGCAAGAAGAGUGUUCAAGAAUCGUAGAUGAGCUUUUAAAAGCUGCGGAGUGUUCUACCACAAAUAUUGAGAAGACAUUAAUCCAGAUCUUAGAAGAUGGGGAAUCUCUACAUGAGGAUGUUAAAGAUGACAAUGUACCUUUAGGGGAAUUCCAAGAUGAAGAGCCAAUCCAGAUGUCGAACACAAAUGACAAUCCAGAAGGAAAAGUUUGUAUCGCUGAAUCAACAGGGAGCGCUAUCUUCCAGGAUUCUCCAGCUAAGCUGAAGGACCUUGAGGCUGAGUUGAUGCCGGAUUUGGUCCAGAGCCCGUGCAGUAAUAGGGCCAAAGGAACCUGGUCGCCUUCAGCCUCCCCCUCAAUGAGCAUUCUCAAAAAAGGCCAGAAGAGACCUGUGGAGGAGGAGGAGACUCCCUCACCUAUCGUCAAGUCCAGACGCGUGUCUUUUGCCAAUCCCAUUCAACGUCAGGAGACUGCUGACGACAUUGAUCGCCGUAGUCCCGCUGUCAGAACAAGCUCUCCCAAAAGAACCAAAGUUGCCAACCUGCUCCAGCCUAAAUUUGUCACGACUCCAACAAAGGGUACGCUGCCCAUGAGUCCCAGGAAUCUUCACAGUCCGAAUUUCAGGAGCUCCAAGAAAUGCCUGAUUUCCAAAAUGAGUCAAGAGCGUCAGCCCGUUUCCAAAAACUGCAUCUAUCCCUCCCUGGUCGGAUGUGGCGCACCCAUCGAAGCGGUGCUGCCUCAGAUAUCAUCCAGUAUUUGGUCCCGUGGGUUUGGGCACAUCGUGCGAGCGCGAAACAUCAAAACGGUCGGCGACCUCAGUGCCCUCACUCCCAAUGAAAUUAAGACUCUCCCCAUUCACUCGCCUAAAAUUUCCAAUGUCAAGAACGCCCUCAAGUCCUACGAGCAGCAGAGAAAAGGCCGAGGUGUAGACGAGCUGAAGAGUUUUGUAGAGAUGGAAAUGAUGACUUCUGAGCCAGAGGAGACGAGCACAAAGCCAAACCAAGAUGAAGAUGAGAAACCCGCUGACAUUUUAGCCACAGAAUUGACCGAUGAGCCUUCUGCUCCGGCCAAGUUGAAUGAAGAGUGUACGGUAACGUCAGACUCAAGUGGGUCUGGAGUUCCCGAGGAACCGGGUCUCCAGGCCCGACUGGAUGCCCUCGACUGUGCCGUGGCGCCGCCCCAUCUGAGCGACUGCUCGCCUCAGCAGCUGUCGAACAUCCACGAGCACCUGGCGCUUCUGAUGAGGCGAGUCAUGUUUGAGAUGCAGAGCCGCCUCACCCUCAUCAAUGAGCGCCCCUGAGGGCCCCAUGAACUGUUGACCGACCCUCUUGCACACUUUUAUAAAAAUAGCCUCAAUAUUUUACCAAAAUGCUAUCAUGUUGAUGAUUUCAUUCAAUGUUUUUUCAAAUUUGUCUUCAAAAGCAAAUGCACCAAAUGAACUGUGACUCACAUACACCCGUAUUGCCGAGUUGUACAUACCUUAUUCCUCACGUGCUUGUAGAAUGUUUACAAUGUGUAUAAUAUGUAGAAACACCUGUUUAGAUUGUCUUUUUUGUUCCUUUUCAUGUCACAUGCACAUAGUAAGUCUACGUGGUUUUAUUUGUACCUUUUAAGUACUACAAAUAAAAAGUUUGGACAGAAUGUGUUUUGAAGAGAAA